AUGACGUCUUCGGUGCUCGCUGUUCUUGUCGCCCUUGCUACCAUUGCGGCCGUCUCUCAGGUAUGAUCCCACCUUGACUAUCCUCUGAAACUGCUAGUUCAGGUGCAUUCUGCCGUCCUCCCAGUAUCUUCCACAGAACUGGCAACGGUGGGUACGGAUGUGUCCACUUCUGCCACGACGGCGAUCGACACUCUCCAGAACUCAAUGUCCCGAGUGAAGAGGCAAGGAGGCGGCUGCGGAUGCUGUGGAUGCGGCUGCGGAUGCUGCUGUUGCAGACCGAGGUAUCCCGUCCUCGUACCCUCGAACAUCCUCAUUCGCCCCGUUUCAGAUGCUGCUGCUGUUGCCGUCGUUGCUGUACUUGCUGCAGAACCUGCUGCUGCACCAGAUGCUGCACGUGCUGCCGUCCGUGCUGCUGUGGAUGCGGAUGCGGAUGUGGAUGCUGCGGAUGCGGAGGUGGAGGACGCAAGCGCCGUUCCCUCCAGAACCUCAGAAUCGACGAGGCCAACCGUGCUCUCGGAAUCAAGAGAAAGUCGUCGAAGGCCGACAAAUGCUAG